GACCACGUGACGUUCCCUCUGUCGAGUCUCGCGGAGAGCAUCAGACUGCACCUUUUCCUCCUCAGGAGAACGGAGAGAAGGAGAGGGGGAGAGCGGCAUUGAGUCAGAGAGAGAGAGAGCGAGAGAGAGAGACUGAGCGAGAGAGAGGAAGGGGAAGCUAGAGAGAGUGUGUAUGAGAGAGAGAGCAAUAGCACCUUGUCGCCUGGAGGCGAUCCUAUGAUAGUUUCGUCCCUGUCCGGUAGACCGAUUCAGUCUGCCACCAGGCGCGCGCCUGCUCUCUCCUCUCUUGUGAAUUCGGGGGAGAUUCUCCUCAAAUGGAAGGGAAAUCGAUGAGCCGCGCGCGGCACUGUUGCCACGGAACCACAGGAUGCGCGUGAGGUCGCUGGAGAGAGUGAUGACGCGGCAGUGAGAGACACACAUACCUCACUUGCACACACACAUACAUUCGAACACACACACACACACACAUAUAUUUUUUUUUGCCCACACACACUUUAAGUCUUGCCCUACUAAGAAAGGGAGGAGGGGGAGAAAAUACUGCUAUGACGGUGUCAUUUCUCUCCAUUACCAGUGUGUGAGCCACACACACACACACACACUUGCACUUGUACUCCGUGGGGAAUUGCCUGCAUGGGGGAUAAGGCCCUAUCUAGGGCACAAAGAUGGAGUUCACAUACGAUUUGUCACAUAUCUAACACUCACACAGACGUUCACACAAACACACGCACCUGGAAUCUCAUAUGUCAGAAGAUAAGAAUAAAGACUGAAUGGAGAGGAGACACUGAACAUCUCAGAGACGACACAAACAAGAGGCCAAGGGAAAAAAAGAUGUCCAAAGCAUACUGAAAGGAUGGCGGGAGCCGCUGUUUGACCCCCUCCCUUUCCUGGAGCUGAAUCCUAUAGGAGCCAACCUUUGAAAAGAGCAAUUGCAAGAUAGAAGGGUCACCUGAGAAACCCAUAAAGAGUUCUUCAAAGGCCCCUACAGUUGUCACCAUGAGCUGUAGGCUAGAGGGAACACCCCAGCUCUAGCCACUAUCUCAUUCCGUGUGUGUGUGUGAGUGUGAGCGUGAGUGUGUGUAUGAGUGUAAUGGCGGUUUGUGUUUGGGCGGCAGCCCCACUGCUCUUCCUGGGGCUCUGCCUGUGCAGCGUGGGGGGCCAGGCCCAAGGCGAGGUCCUGGAGUUUGGAGGCGUUUCCAGCCAGUGGGGGCGGUUCCCAGUAUGGAACGCUUGCUGCGAGAGUGUGCUGAGCUUCAGCCUGCGGACUCACAGCCAGGAGGGCCUGCUGCUCUACCUGGAUGACGAGGGAUUCUGCGACUUUCUGGAGCUGCUGCUUCUCCACGGUCACCUUCGGCUGCGUUUCUCCAUCUUCUGUGCUGAGCCGGCUGAGCUGCAGUCAGGUGUGGCGGUGAGUGAUGGGCGGUGGCACGCAGUGCGUGUCAAGCGGGAUUGGAGGAACACCUCGUUGGAGGUGGAUGGGCGAUUGGAAGGAUGGGCGGAAGUGAAGAGUAAGAGAAGAGACAUGACAGUAUUCAGUCAUACCUACAUGGGCGGGGUGAGCCCAGAGCUACAUUCUUCGCCCCUCCGCCUCACCUCUCCUUCAGUGCGGGAACACCCUGCCUUCCGUGGCUGGAUCACGGCAGUGAGCAUCAACGGCUCACUGGUGACGCUGGACGGCUCAGAGGGCGUCACAGUAACAGCUGGCUGUGGCCCAGACCAUCAGUGCCAGAACGGAGGGGUGUGCAAUGUGGUCAACGACCAGGCUGUCUGCGACUGCUCCGACACCGGCUACCAAGGCAAUGACUGCAGCGAAGAGCACAGCUACACUCCAGGUCUGGCACACCUGAUGAUUGGCGACCAAGCUCGCGAGGAGUACGUCGCCACCUUCAAGGGCUCAGAGUACUUUUGCUACGACUUGUCGCCCAACCCCAUCCAGUCUAGCAGUGAUGAAAUAACGCUCUCCUUCAAGACACUGCAGCGCAAUGGCCUCAUGCUGCACACCGGCAAGUCAGCUGACUACGUCAACCUGGCGCUCAAGAAUGGGGCAGUGUCACUUGUCAUCAACCUCGGCUCUGGGGCCUUUGAGGCUUUGGUGGAGCCCGUCAACGGAAAGUUCAACGACAACGCUUGGCAUGACGUCAAGGUCACCCGCAACCUGAGACAGCACUCAGGCAUUGGACACGCUAUGGUGACCAUCUCUGUGGACGGCAUCCUGACCACCACGGGCUACACACAGGAGGACUACACCAUGCUGGGCUCUGAUGACUUCUUCUACGUGGGAGGAAGCCCCAGCACCGCUGACCUGCCUGGUUCUCCAGUCAGCAAUAACUUCAUGGGAUGUCUUAAAGAGGUGGUGUACAAGAACAACGAUGUACGGUUGGAGCUGUCUAGACUGGCUAAACAGGGAGACCCCAAGAUGAAGGUAAGUGGGGUGGUGUCCUUUAAGUGUGAGAGUGUAGCAACGCUAGACCCCGUGACGUUUGACACCCCAGAGUCUUACGUGGCACUGAGCAAGUGGACAGCGAAGAAGGCGGGAUCCAUCUCGUUUGACUUCAGGACGACAGAGCCCAAUGGGCUGAUGCUUUUCAGCCACGGCAAACCCCGGCAGCAGCAGCGCAAGGAUCCGCGCACACCUCCAACCGUCAAGGUGGACUUUUUUGCUAUUGAGAUGCUUGAUGGACACUUGUACUUACUGCUGGACAUGGGCUCAGGAACCACCAAGACCAAGGCCAUCGACAAAAAGGUCAAUGAUGGAGAAUGGUACCAUGUUGACUUCCAGAGAGACGGACGCUCAGGAACUAUUUCGGUGAACAGCGUAAGAACAGCAUACACGGCCCCGGGAGACAGUGAAAUCCUGGACCUGGAUGACACCUUGUACCUCGGAGGUUUACCUGAGGAUCGCGCUGGACUCAUCUUCCCAACAGAGGUGUGGACGGCGCUGUUGAACUACGGGUACGUAGGCUGCAUCAGAGAUCUAUUUGUGGACGGGCAGAGCAAAGACAUCCGGCGGCUGGCUGAGGCCCAGAGGGCGGUGGGAGUGAAGCCCUCAUGCUCCAGAGAGCCGCCCAAACAGUGCCUGUCCAACCCCUGCCAGCACAACGGUAUCUGCAGGGAGGGCUGGAAUCGCUAUGUGUGUGACUGCUCUGGGACGGGCUACCUGGGACGCUCCUGUGAGAGAGAUGCAACUAUCCUGUCGUACGACGGCAGUAAGUUUAUGAAGGUGCAGUUGCCUGUGGUGAUGCACACUGAGGCGGAGGACGUCUCGCUACGCUUUCGCUCCCAGCGGGCCUAUGGCGUUCUCAUGGCAACCACUUCCCGUAAUUCCGCAGAUACCCUUCGUUUGGAGCUGGAUGGGGCCCGUGUCCGACUUACUGUCAACCUAGACUGUAUCAGGAUAAACUGUACAGCCAGUAAAGGCCCAGAGACCAUCUUUGCUGGGUCAAACCUCAAUGAUAAUGAGUGGCACACGGUGAGGGUAGUCCGGCGUGGCAAGAGCCUCAAACUCACCGUGGACGACCUGCAGCCUGCUGAAGGUCAGAUGGCGGGUGACCACACCCAGCUGGAGUUCCAUAAUGUGGAGACGGGCAUUGUGACCGAGAAACGCUUCAUGCCUGCCGUGCCCUCCAAUUUCAUCGGCCACCUUCAGGGCCUGACGCUGAACGGCAUGCCCUACAUUGACCUGUGCAAGAACGGCGACAUUGACUACUGCGAGCUCAAUGCUGUUAUCGGUUAUAAGAGCAUUGUGGCCGACCCCGUCACCUUCCGAUCCCGCUCCAGUUUUGUCACCCUGCCCACGCUGCAGGCCUAUUACUCCAUGCAUCUCUUCAUGCAGUUCAAGACGACGUCCCCAGACGGUCUCAUCCUCUUCAACAGAGGAGACGGCAAUGACUUCAUAGUGGUAGAGCUGGUUAAAGGCUACCUUCACUACAUCUCUGACUUGGGCAACGGAGCACACCUGAUUAAGGGCAACUCUAACAGUCCUCUUAAUGACAACCACUGGCACAACGUGCACAUAUCCAGAGACACUAACAAUCUCCACACAGUCAAGAUUGACACCAAAGUCACCACACAGACCACCAUGGGUGCCAAGAACCUUGACCUAAAGGGUGACCUGUACAUCGGGGGCGUUUCCAAAGAGAUGUACCGAGACCUGCCUAAGCUUGUCCACUCCCGUGAGGGAUUUCAGGGUUGCUUAGCAACAGUCGAUCUAAACGGACGGCUCCCGGACCUUUUGGCUGAUGCCUUGGCAACCAUGGGACAAGUGGAGAGGGGCUGUGAAGGACCCAGCACUACCUGCCAAGAAGACUCCUGCUCAAAUCAGGGAGUUUGUUUGCAGCAGUGGGAGGGCUUCACCUGUGACUGCAGCAUGACUUCAUACGCCGGGCCACUGUGCAACGAUGCUGGAACCACUUAUAUCUUUGCCCGUGAUGGAGGCUUGGUGAUUUACACAUGGCCCCCUAAUGAGCGUCCCAGCACCAGGGCUGACCGGCUUGCCCUCGGGUUCAGCACUCAACAGAAACAUGCCAUUCUGCUUCGGGUGGACAGCGCAUCCGGCCUGGGAGACUACCUUCAGCUGCAGAUAGACAAAGGCAACAUUAGAGUAGUGUUUAAUGUCGGCACUGACGAUAUCAACAUCGAGGAGAGCUCCAAGUUUGUCAACGACGGGAAGUACCACGUAAUUCGGUUCACCCGCAGUGGUGGCAAUGCGACCCUCCAGCUGGACGACCUGCCGGUCAUAGAGCGUUAUCCCUCAGGCAACAUUGAUAACGAGCGCCUGGCCAUCGCCAGACAGCGAAUCCCCUAUCGGCUCGGUCGAGUAGUUGACGAUUGGCUACUCGACAAAGGCCGCCAGUUGACCAUCUUCAACAGCCAGACAACAGUGCGCGUUGGCGGAGGCGAGCGAGGUGCAGCCAUGUUCCAGGGACAGCUGGCUGGCCUUUACUAUAACGGCCUCCGCAUCCUCAACAUGGCCGCUGAGGGGCACCCCCACAUCAAAGUGGAGGGGAGCGCGCGUCUUGUCGGCGAUAUGCCAUCCUCUUCGAUCACCCCGCAGUCCAGCGCUGCGGCCGGAGGCAACCGUUCAGACUCCGCCCCGUCCAUCAGUGACAUCACAACCACCACAGCCACUAACAGGAAGCAGGGUGGAACACCGCAGUCGACAGACGACCUGCUGGUGGCAUCAGCUGAGUGCCCAAGCGAUGAUGAAGACAUUGACCCCUGUGACCCCAGUUCAGCCCGCCCUCCCCUGCCAGAGGUGAAGAUGUUCCCGGGUCCGUCUGAGGUGGUGCGGGAGAGCAGCAGCACUACGGGCAUGGUGGUGGGCAUUGUAGCAGCCGCUGCCCUCUGCAUCCUCAUCCUUCUCUACGCCAUGUACAAGUAUCGCAACCGCGACGAAGGCUCCUACCACGUGGACGAGAGCCGCAACUACAUCAGCAACUCAGCCACACAGCCCAACGGCAGCGCUAAGGACAAGCCGCUGGGCAUCGCCAAGAUCUCUAAAAACAAGAAGAACAAAGACAAGGAGUACUAUGUCUGAGGCGGAUGACUUCUUAAACACAGACAUAUACGCAUACACCUUUAUAUAUAUAACGGUAUAUGUACAUAAAUAGAUAUAUUCUCAAAAA